UACCAGUGCGCCCAGCCCUCCCACUCAGUUCAGACGCACACAAAAGAUCGUGUGUCCAGUGGUCUGAGUAAAGUAGUUUCUUCGUGAUUGACAGGCCGAUCACUGAUGUGCCCAGAGACCACAGCAAGACUUAAAGGCGACUGUCUUACCAGAUGAUCCAGUACUUUGUUUUGGGUGUUGCUGACCGCUAGAAACUUGUAGCUGGAAACAGUGAGAGGUGUUCACGCUCAAGUGUUCCUUGCUCAUAUUAGAACCUACUGUACUAGCAGACACUAACCUCUGGCGAGGAGAACUUUGUAGGGAAAAGAUUGUUAAAAUUGUGCAAUAUUUUUUGCUGCCUACUGCAAGCACUAAGAGUACUUGUGAAGAAAUCACCUAUGGUUUUAUAGGAGAGUGAUUUCGGAAUUUGUCUAUAAUAGCGUCUUGUUUUAUUUCUCUCACGUUCACAUCAUGGAAUUUUCUGCCGGAAUGCCCCCGAAGGACUUGUUUGUCAACCGUCAACAUCACCACGCAGCCGGCGCGGAGUCCGCGGGGAAGAACCCCGCAGCUCGGCGGCCCUCCCCCUCCAACUACUCCAUCGAUUUCAUCCUGGGCACGCCGUCACCGAGUCCCCCAGCCAGGACCGCGAACACAGCAGAGCCGUGCCACAUCCGCGUGCCUGUGUACAACACCACGUCGACCACCGGGCGCGGCUGGGAUUUCGCCGGGUGCAGCCCGGAAGGAAGAGAUGCCAGCGCACGCUAUCAACCCUCACGGUGCCCGGAACGCGAGCAGACUCCGGAAUGUACUGUUUCCAGCGAUCUUAGCCGGAACUUCCAGCACCUUCCCAGCACCGAUAAUUUCCCGGGCUCCGACCAGUACAGCCCCGACCCGGAGCCGGCGCGGUCCGUGCCGUGCGAACACGGUGACGAAGUCUCCUCCUCGCCUGAGCCGACCUCGCCUCCAUCAUCCUCAUCGGGUAGGGAAGACGAAUUGGACGGGGAGGACGAUGCUACCCAUCCCCACAACCAACACCACCGCGGCGGCGGCGGCGACCCAAAGACGGCCCGCAAGAUCCGCCGUAGCCGGACCACCUUCACCACCUUCCAGCUGCACCAGUUGGAGCGUGCCUUCGAGAAGACGCAGUACCCAGACGUCUUCACCAGGGAGGACCUGGCCAUGAGGCUGGAACUCAGCGAAGCUCGAGUCCAGGUCUGGUUCCAAAACAGAAGGGCGAAAUGGCGUAAAAUGGAGAAGGUGCAAGGCCGGGAAAGCCCCUCGGGUUUCUUCGGUUCUAACUAUCCCGUUGACUUCGUGGGAUCUCACGGUAUGGACUCGGCCAUUCCCACCGAACGCAUCCCGGCUUGGGCGAUGCACAACGGCAACCCUACCGCCGGUGUGAGCCCCGGUCUGCUGGCGCAGGUCCCGGUAGGCCUACCCCAGCACCCCGGUCUCGGGGCUAUGGUCGGCGGCUACCCGCUCUUCGGACACCACUUUGGCCACUACGUUCACCCACCCCACCAGCAACAGCAUGGGCAGCAGCAUCACCACCACCAAGCCGCUGCUUCUUACUGGCUGGCCAGGCAGGCAGCCUUCCCCGCAAUCGCCUCCCCGUGGCACUUGCCAAGCCUCCGCAUUCCCAGCCUACGAGCCAGCGAGCAGAGCGAGCUGCCAACCUCCGUGUCGCCUCCCGCGAAGAAGUCGACCAGCCUCGCCAACAUCAACGACUUCCCCUCGGACUCUCACGCCUUGUUGAAGAAACAGAGCAUUGAGGCGCUGCGAAGCAAGGCCAGGAACCACAGCUUGGCCUCCGAUGAGUUGCCAGUCACACCCUAAAUACAUUCUUUCUGUAUCCUUCAACACCUAUUGCAGCUCUAGUUUAAUUAAAAUAUUCACAAGAAUUUUAAACAUCUUAUAAAUGACGGGUCGUCAAACGACCCAGGGUAUAUCACAAGAGGGUGCCAAUUUAAUUGAGAACUUAGCAGGAUUCUUUUCUUCAGAACAUUUUGCUUUGACGACUUAUUUUAACUCCUCCUAUGAUCGGCAUGCACCUCUUUUUGUAUCAUUAUGUAAUAUUUUUUUGUGCAUAUGCUUUUAUCGCAUCUUAUAAUUCUAAGUUAUAUAAUGUACAUUUAAUCUUUUUCUUUGGCUUUAACGCUGAUUAUUCGCCGUGCAAUUUUAUCCUACAUUUGGCAUAAAGCAAUGUUAUGUUUAAUGAUUUACGAAUGUACUUGUUUAAUAUAACAAAAUGACACCGGGGUUGACUAUGAUUUAAAGGUCCGUGCUAAACUUUCCCGCUGAACUGCUGUAUAUUUAUUCAAAUGUGAUUCUGUAUUAGUUUAUGUCUUUGUCUGUAUUGCAUACUACAUGGUCCUUUAAUCAUUCUCGUGUACGAUUUUAACACAAGAUGGGCUGCCAACAGUACAGAAAUUUAAGCCGUGUUGGGCAACAGAUUUGACAAUUGGUUAAUAACCCUCUCAAUAUAAGUCUUUGGUGGCGUGUCUUGGUUAGUUUGUAUUUUCAACAAUCCAAUGAUACGUUUUGAAAAAUAAAUGACAAAAACACGGUAGCUAUUGA